UUGGUGAUAUCAUAUUAUUAUUAAAAAACCUGUGUAGUCUAGUCGACCACUCCAGCUACAAUGGCUUCUCCAGUUGUUGCUACGAUUUUUCAUUUUGUAGCAUUUGCAUACUACUGCUAUAUCUAUGCAUUUUAUAAGAUAAAUGUUGAUUUGAAACUCCCACAUCAUGGCUCGUUUGGUGGAGAUCUGAAGUUUCUUACUGUCUGGUGCACGCUUUUCCAGAUAUUGUAUUUCUUUAUAUGCUGUGUGACGGACCUUAUCCUUACCUCGGGCAGCAGAACUAGAAUAGGGCAGACCUUCAUGGGACUUAGAGAUUGGUUCUUCUGCUCUAUUGCAUUUCCAAUCACAUUGCUUGUAGCACUGAUGUACUGGGGGAUCUAUGCUGUGGACAGAGAGUUGAUCUACCCUGAACGAAUCCAAGGCAUCUACCCAAUGUGGCUCAGUCAUUGUAUGCACACAUACAUAGUUUUCAUUCUACUGAUAGAGGCAUACCUGUUGAAGCAUACACAGCCAUCAAGGAAGUCUGGGAUGAUGGGAUUACUGUUCGUUGGUUUGUCUUAUUUAUUAUGGAUGCUGUAUCUUGGCUUUGUGAAAGAUUUAUGGGUGUACCCUUUCCUCCAAGUCUUAGAAGGCAUCUACUUUGGGAUCUUUGUGGUCGUCACCGCUCUGUUCCUAGCGGGCUUGUACUUCAUAUCUGAGCGAUGCAACUUGGCCCUUGGGAAAAACAAGCCGGACACAGAUCUGAUGUAUUCUAAGAUUGAUUAAAGAGCCGUUCACAUCCAAGAGAUACAUGGAAGAACCACCUUAAGAAUCCGACCACACUAUUUGAUUUAAUGUAGGCUUUUUUUUCUGAUGCAAAGAGAUAUGAGACCUCUGUUGCACCAAAAUCGAAAGUGACCCUUGACCUGCCCGAGACCAUUUUUGUUCACUUGAUUCGCUUCACCGUAUGGUGUCAAAUUGAGAAUGGAGUGUCAAGAUGUCUGGCAAAUCAGUGACGUGACCGGCAGACCAUUUUCAAAGUGAUCUGAUCGGUUAGUUGUGAUUGGUUAAAAAGGCAAAGCAGCCCCUGGUCAAUAUAUUAAAACAUAUACCGGUAUGUAUUUGUGCCUGCAUGUCAGGGUGUGAUUGGGGCUCAUGUUCACUGAGACUAAUGGCUUCUGGGAGGUUUUGGGACACCAGUGGAGUGUUUCACAAAGAUCCUAAGUCGAACUUAACUCUAAGUUCGACUUAAAAUUUAUGGAGAGCCAUUUGUAGCCUUAGAAUAAAAUAGUUAUUCAAAAGCAAAAGCUCAAGUAUUUAUACUUUUCAUAAAAUCCACAUCAAGAACAUGAAAUCUCCUUGACAAAAGAAAAUAUGAAUGAUUUGAAUCAACAUUUUAUGCCUUUUAAAAUAACUUUUGCAAAUUGUAAUGUCCAACUUUGAGAUAAGUUCUUAGAGAUAACUUAGGAUCUUUGUGAAACACCCCCCUGGUGUUAUGCAACAGAGGUCUUAAAUAUGCUAAAUAUGUACAUAUUGGAUAUAUUAACAAGAAAUCAUGUUCAGUAUUGAAAUUUGAAUACAGGUUUAUGUCUUCUUUUUAAGCUUGUGUUCAUGCUUUCUAUAAGUAUAAGUGUGGCUACACCAUGGUUUUUCAAAGCCACUUUGUGUAGAAUCUAUCGAGUGGGAAACAGGAGACCAGUUCUUGUGACGCAAUGAAGCAUUAUGCAGUGCGAAUGGUGAUUUCCUAUUCACAAUAAUGCCCUAAGUCUAUUACAUCUGAUUUCAUCAUGAAGCUAGGGCAUCAUAACAGUUAAAUAUAUUGAAUCUCACUUUUAAACCUGUGUAGUAAUCAUUAGCUCAAUUAUACCAAUAUAAAGGGAAGUUGUUUAUAGAAUAAUUUUGAUAAAUUGCAAUAAAUGAUGUCAUAGACAAAUACUUAUUAAUUUUGAUACUGUUCAAGAUAUCAGACUGUACAACGGUGUUGCAGAGAAGUUUGGAUCAUAACAAUGAUUUAAUCAUGAUUUAAAGUGAUAGAAUGGUUUAAAGCAAAUUUUGUAUUGUCUUAUUUUACUUAAAACCCUGCCCUACUUUGUUACCAGUAUACAGUGUAAACUCGAUGUAAAGAGCUGUAAUAUAGCGAGAUACUUCAUAUCAAAUGGUUUGCUGUUGCUAGCUUUCUAAUUUUGUUUGUUUACCCCAAAUUAACAAGACACCAGAUAUAACAAGGUAAUUUUCAAGGUGCCAAUGCCCUUGUUAUAACAAGUUUCUACUCUACUGUGCAAAAUAUACAUGUACUAUUCCUUGACAACAUUUUCAGUAAAGAAGAAAAUACUCUGGAAUUCAAAGUUGCAUUCCUUCUCCUCGGACCUCAUAUGCUUUCUUAUUGUAAAUUACAUUUAUGAUUAAUGGCCCAGUGUUGAUGUAGCAACCUUGUUUGCAAAUACAUAAAAAUGUAUGAUUCUUUUGUCUUUCUUAUUUGUUGCAAUGUGUAAAGGGUCUAAUCUACACAGUUCUAUUUACCGGUACUAUUCACGAUAUGUUAUCUUUCAUGUAAACUUAAUGUAUACUUAAUGAUUGAUCAAACAUGGAACCAUUUGUUUUGUACUGUAUUACUAUCCACAUGAUAGAGCUGCCUUUUCUUUUGAAAAUGACCUCAUUAUUGCUAAAAUGUUGAUAAAAUUUUGCCAUGAUUAAAUUUAGACUGAACAUUAGAAGGCAUAAGCAUUAUAUGAAUAUGAAAGUAGAGUGUUAGUAGUGAAGCCAUUGCCCCCCCCCCCCCCAUCACACAAAUGUGCCCAUGCAUGUAUGUUGGGCAGGGGCCCCGUUUCAUCAAGCACUUACCGUAGCUCCGUUAGGUGCGGUAAGUGUUAUAGAAACCACUCAGCAUCAAUAUGGCGGCACUGCUAGCUAUGCUGGAGGUGAAUACACCGAGGAAACAAAGAGUAUUCUGUGAUAGAUCUCACCCAUUCACCAUGUUCAAUGACUCUGAGAUGUUCAAAACAUGUACAUUCACUAGGGAUGGUGUGAGAUCUAUCAUUGCAAGUUUGGAGCUAGCACUCCACUCCAGCCCAAAACUUGAAGAAAUAAGGCAGUGCACCGAGGUUCUUUGCUACUGUGGCAAUCUUUUAUAUCACAUGUGAGCUGUGUUUAUUUGCAACAAAGAUGCAACCCUCGAUCCUCCUCAUUUUUGUGCGAGUUCACUUGUGUUUUAUAUGUGUACUUUUUUGUAUGUAUUGUUGAUUGAGGAAAUAAUAUUGUAAGUUCAAUUGAUUAUGUUUGAGCGUUAAUAAAUUGACAAUGAAAAGGAA